AUGUCUGCUGCCAGCUGUCUGAAAUCUGAAGAUCAGUUUCUGUGCUCCAUCUGUCUGGAUGUGUUCACUGAUCCAGUCACCACACCAUGUGGACACAACUUCUGCAAAAACUGCAUCAAUGAACACUGGAACAGUAAUGACCAGUAUCCGUGUCCACUGUGUAAAAAGGUUUUCAACACAAGACCUGAACUUCACAUCAACUCAUUGCUCAAUGAGUUUGUUGCUCAGUUCAGACAGGAAGCUCAACAGAAAGCUGUUUUAGACCACAAGACACAUAAGUGUGUUCCUCUGAAAGAAGAAUAUGAAGGAAAGAAGGCAGAGCUGGGGAAGACAGAGGUUGAAAUUCAGGAGAUGAUCGAGAAGAAACGACUGAAGAUUGAAGAGAUCAAAAACUCAGUUGAACUCAGUGAGGAAGCUGCAGACAGAGAGAAAGCAGAAGGUGUUCAGGUCUUCACCGCUCUGAAGGAGACUGUUGAGAGAAGCCUGAAUGAGCUCAUUGAGACGAUUGAAGAGAAGCAAAGAACAACAGAGAAACAGGCUGAAGACUUGAUCAAAGAGCUGGAACAGGAAAUCUCUGAGCUGAAGAAGAGAAGCUCUGAGGUGGAGAAGCUCUCACACUCUGAAGACCACCUCCACCUCCUCCUCAAUUUCUCGUCCCUGAAAGCUGCUCCACCCACCAAAGACUGGACAGAGGUCAGCGUCCAUCCAUCAUCAUAUGAGGGGACUGUGGUGAGAGCUGUGUCUGAGCUGGAGGAGACGCUCAGUAAACAGAUGAAGAAGCUGUUUGAGGCUGAGCUCAGUAAACAGAUGAAGAAGCUGCACGCUGACGCUGAGCUGAAGAGGGUCCAGCAGUAUGCAGUGGAUGUGACUCUUGAUCCUGAUACAGCAUAUCCUAAACUCAUCUUGUCUAAAAAUAAGAAACAAUACGGUUUCCGUUCCAACAGAUAA